UGUCUCCUGCCUGUCUCCUGUACUAAUUACUGUACAAUCAUUAAGAAACUUUUCUUCAGACAAACAGAAAAAAAAUCCAAAUUCAUAAUUUACACCUAGCCCACAUCAAAAAUGUACAGAGGCUUGUGAAUAAUUAGGAAACAAGUCAAUGCUUCCAUGUGUACUUCUGAUUGGUUCUAUGAAGAGCGUAAGAUGGAUGAACAACACAGGAGAUGUUUUCACUUUAUCGCCUGAAAUCCACCUUAAGCAGCCCUAUCAAAUGCAACAAACUAUAUCCGGGCAACUUUCUCAGUUCUUGGCGCGUGCCAUAUCUAUGCCAAAUGGAUUUGGAAACUUUUUGAUAUCUAGUAAACUUCAAAGACGUGUAAAUGUGACUCUAUUAUCACAUGUAAUCUAGUUUGUCUAAACAAAAAAUAACGAACUGUUCGCACCCAUUUAAUCGGGGAAGGGAUAGAUGUCUGUGUGAGUAGCUACUGAUGCGUGUAGCCUUCUCUGGGAAGGGAUUCGUGUAAUUACGCAGACGAACCAAUCGAAUGGACUUUCACAUUCCUGCUGAAGUUACUUUGUAAGAGUGUGGCAAUCAGCAAUUAUCUAGUUAAUAUCUAGUUCUAAAAAGACAUCCUGAUUUCUCUCUUUUUUUUUUUUUUUUUUUUUUUUUACAAAUGUAUGCCUGUCAUCUGAAAAGAAUAGCAUUAAUAUGCAUGGUUUAGGAUUCAGAGUGGCUUUCAGUUGUAAAGAGUGGAGGUAGGCAGGAGAACGCUCAUUCGUGCCUCUUGCCCACCCCUCGAGCGAGACGUUAGCCCAGUGGGGUGCCCUUGCGCGCGCUCUCCUAACAAAAGAGGGACGUCUUUUCAGGUGCAAACUUUGCUAAGUUAAAUAUGGCAGAAAGGAACUAAAAAAACAAUCACACUUUACAAUCCUGACAUCCGAAGAGAGCAUCCAAAACAAAUGCUAUUGGGCGUCUUAAAACAAAUAGUGCGGUCAGAGAUACUUUUAUAAACGCCUCUAAUGCCCAUUUAUUCUCAUAGCUUUCCACUCACCAAGGUUAAACAAAUGGCAAAUUACUCUGUGGAUUUCUUUUGAGAGUUGCAUGUGCACAGACAACUUAGAUACGAGUGUGGUAUGAAAUGCAUGGCGCUGACGGGCCUAAUCCAGUGUGAGAUAGGACCACGCACUUAUCCAAUCCCGGUGAUUUCUUUAUGACUGUCUUUCGUAUGUACUGUGUGACUUAGAGCCUUGCUGAUGUGAAUGAAAUCUAAAAGAUUUGACAUACCAGGGGGCUUUGCACGUGCAUUGCAUGCGAAGCAAUGUAGAAACUACGUAAAUAGCUCAUUAACGCGCGUUUCAUUCGCGGCCAAAAUGAACUUGUCAAAACACAACACAUCACACCACACCACUGAAGCGAAACAUCUGCCUUCUUGAAUGGAGCGUUUGCUCCACUUCUCACUCCGGGGACCCAUUAGCUUCCACGCACUUGUGAGCUCCGUGGAUAAAUUCAUCAGGUUUGUGACACCUUCCCAGAUGUUAGAGCAUUUAGACCGUCUCAGACUAAUAGAUUACCCUAUUUUCUUUUUAGCACUUUUACGUGGAAACAUUAUCUCAGGGUAAUUGGGGCCGCCUCGAAAUCAAAUUAGUAAUUCUGUUGUGACACCUUGGUGUGCCAGACUCCUUUGAGACUAUCAACAAAAACCCAGCAAUUAGAUAAAAAUGAUGGCUAGUUUGUUUAUAAAGAAGCAUGGCUGUCUAUGCCACUUAUCCCCAUCUACAGUAGAAAGCAUUGUCUGCCUUUGCUUAGCGUUAUCUAUUGCCUCUUUUUGUGAGCUCGAAUUAUGCUUGAAGAUGGAUAAAGACAAGGCCUGAAACAAUAUAUAACAUCCUUUCUAGUACUAGAAUAAUGGAUCCCAAUGACCACUACGAAAUCAACACCGCGGAUGUGGUUUGGCGAAUUGGCACAGGGCAACGUCAAAAGAUGAACCUUAAGGCUAUUUUAUGUACUAUACCUCAUCUGUUAGGCAGCUAUUAAACGCACCAAAUCACCUGAAUGGCUUCUUCCAUGACGGGUGAGAAUGUUGAAUGAUUUAAGCACCACUGAAGUAAAUAACAAUGACAUUGUCCCCAUUUUUAACAUGACAAUGCCAUUGCGACACGCAUUAGAUUGAUUUUUAAACAAAAACAUCCUGGAUUAACGUUUUCAAUGAGUACCUUUGCAUAUUCAGCACUGGACCAGGUGAAAUAAGCAUCAAUAAUGAAAGCACGUUUAAAUAAUUGACGUGCAAAUUAUUCUCAAAAUAUGUUCCUUUCAGAGUUCUAGCCAACACAUUCACCUUCGACUAUUCAGAUUCAUGUCAUUAAAGGGGGGGGGCUCAAAACAUUUCGACUUUAUGUGUUAUAGACUUAUAUAGAGUAGUUUGGGCUACGUGAGAGAACAACGUAGUUCACAUUAUCAAAUAAUAAUUUAAGUGUCAUUUUAGACACGCCAUAAACUUCCCCUCCUUAGACCAAGUUUUACUGAGAGGGCAUAAGUUUGCCUGUUUGUGUUUUUUUUUGUUUUGACUGUUGCCUAAUAGGUUUGUCAAAUCGAAGUAAAGGACAAAUAAAUACUCCGCCCCUAUAUUGCCCCAUAUGUGUUUUUACAUGGGCUAAUGUUUGUCUUCGGGUAUAUAAAUAUGAAAAGUUAUGUCUAGGAUCUGAAACACUGAAUCCACAAUGUAACAGUUUGCCAUUCUCAAUAUCAUGAUCUUGUCUUUAUACCCCUUUCCCAGCAUAUUCGUACAGUAGAGCCCAUAAAUAACGUCUUCUAUGGAUGGUCUGAAACACCUUAAUCGCUGCAUCACAUGGCAUGACUGACAUCAUUGUGUGAUCAUACAAUACACGCACGGAGACGGAGACGUUUGGCCAUUUCAAGUAUUAAAAAUGCAGGUUGCAUGAAAUGCGUGCCGAAACUAAUAACGAGUGCUGUAGGCUACAUGCUCGCUUUAUAGCGCGACAUGCACACGGUCAUUUAGCCACUGAGUUCAUUAGGAUCACAAACUCGGUUGCGUGACAAAAUGCGUUUGGAACCUGCUUGAAUCGGUUUAUCUUCUUAGACUGUGCUUCCCCGCUUAGCCAGCAAAUGCUGUGAGGUUGAGUAAGGCUUCCGGGUAGGGUAAGGGUGUCGUGGUGAAGGUAGUUUUCAGAAUCGAACCGUUACUUUUUCAUCCUACAAUAAACGUGGUUAAAUAUUAGAGCCGAUCAUGCAUUCUUAUGUGGAGGAACCAACUGGCGUUCACAGCCUUACCAUAAUGAGGUAAAUGUCGCUGACAUGUAUUUCCAUGCCAGCCACAUGCGACAUUGUCGCAAAUGUUGCUGCCAGCCACAUAGGAACUGCUAGCCUACAAAACUCGUACCACGUGACUGCCAAGGCUCUAUAAUCCUUUUGAGAAUCCAAGAAAGCAGCCUUUCAUGCUUUUCUUUUGGUGGUUUGGUCCCAAGGAGCUAACCUUUUCACGUAACCGCCGAGUAUAAUUUUGCUCACAUGCGGCGUCUAUCCCCCAGAUGCAUUUCCAAAACUACUGUGAAUCUAGCAGUCAAGUUCAGAUGGCACUUUAGCGCGUCUAAAGUGGGACGGUCUGCGCCAUCUUUUGACGUCAUGUGGUCUGUCAGGAAGAUCUUGAGCGGAUCGGGCAACUCAACAUGAGGAAGAGAAGAUUGAACAUGCUAUGCACUGCAUAAAGUGUUUAUUCACAAAAUAAUAAUACAGGAUCAAGUAAGAAGGGGUGUAUUUCUCUCUACAUAUGGAUCUGUGAUUAUGUUAACAGUGCUUUGAGAUGGCUGAUGGUUGCAAUUUUGACUCCAGUUCGAAGCGGUGCAAUGUUCUGCGGAAUAGUUUCUGUAGCCCAUUGUAGUUUAAUGUAAAGCCACAUUUUAAUGUUACUACUUUUCUCUUUUGUCUUCGUUGAAGAAUGGACAGGGGCGCUGUCACGUAAACAAAUGAAUGCUACACUUCUUGGUCUUAUGGUACAAAUUUAGCCAAGUUAGCAGUGUUGCUUGACCCGGAACACUAUUUUGACCCGCUGAUGAUAUAGAUGUGCUGUACUCUGGAUAUCAAAACAGCUCCACUCGUAUAUGAUAUCAUAGCUCAUUUUUGGUCCCUAGCAUUUUAUAGUAUCGCUGUCCAUGUUUUGGACACAUCAGAGAGCCCCCCCUCUAACAGAACCACAGUGUAUGUUGUCCUUACUUUAUCACAUUUCGCCAUUUUACGAAAGAAGAAUGUUGGUUGUGUGGAAAUACCCUGACUAAAUAUUGAACCACACUGUGCACUGCUGUUACAACAGAGUAUUACUUGGCAAGGAGCGAUUUCAGUCACCUUGCCUUUAUUAUCAUUCCAGUGCACAUACCCUGUGUCCAUUACUGUAUUUUCCCCAUAUGUUUUGCAGUGCAUUAACAUUACAUAACUAAUGGUCUUUGUUCAAACAGAAAAGACGAUGAGAUGACAAUUUUUAUUGAUCGUUUAGUUUGGAAGGUAGGUAGGUUAAAUAGGUGGCAAUUGUGUUGUUUUCGAUGGUCUCUUUUGUGAUGUUGGGUAAUAUUUGUUUCGAUAUGCAACUUCUUCUGCAGCAUGUAUUUGUAAGUGCUGUUGAAAAAAAUCUAUCUGUUGCAUUAUAAUUAAAAUGUCUUUGCUUGUCCACUAUGGAUGUCAUUCAGUUUGUAGACUAUGAUUUCGAAUAUCUGUGAUUUAUAUGUUAGGCUGUUCAUUUUUUAGGUGUAGUUGCUGGCUACUGUUCCUUAUCUGCUCAUGGGAGGUUUUGCCUUACACUGCUCCGCGUUUCAUUCAAAUGUUGUAUUUUAAGUUUUAUAUUGUUGUCUUUCACGUUGAACCUCAUGAAAUAAAUAAAAACCUCGAACAAAGGUAAAAAAAAAAAGCUUCACUACUUUCUUUUUUUUUAGAAAUGAGAAAAGACAAUCUCACUGCAUCAACAAUCAUUUCUUAUCUAAACUUUUUCUGCGUACUCGGUACUGUGGUAAAGAAAAUAUCCUGCCUCCAUAUCAAUACAAUUUCUUCUGAUUUGUUAAAGUUGUAUCAAGCCUAUGAAAGGCAGAGAGGCUAAGAAAUAUUUCCACUUUUGUCAACUUAAUAAACUGCAGUCUGUUUUAGUCUCUCACUCUCACUCAAACCCCUCCCCUACCACAAAUCUGACAAUUUAGGAAAAUGGCUUUUACAGUACAUUGUUCCAUUAGUAACAUCAGGGGAGAGAGGUGUAUAAUUGUAUCUUUGACUGAGAACUUGCUCUGAUAAAUAUGCAGGUAAAAAAGAAAACUGACAUAACCUGGGGACUCAACAAUAUGCCACCUGUGUGAACUUGUGUGUCCUUCUGUGCUUGCAUGUGUAUUUUCAAAAAAAGAUACCCCUUAAUAAAAAAAUUUUGUGACGGUAGGUUACCAUACACUUCAGAUCAUAUAAAUAAACUGAAUAUAGAUUUCUUUUCUACUGCACCAAAAAGCAGACUCUUAAGGGUUGAGGUCAGUGGCACUCUGAAAAAUACACAAUCAUAUCACAGUGCAUGCUCAGCCAUCUGGAAUCAUUAACAUGUGUUAGAGAACAUUGUAUGAACAUAGUUUACUAGAGUUCUUAGACUAUUUCCAGGUUCAGUUUUCAUCCCAAACUUACAGAUAAAUAGACUAAUCAUAUUUUUAACCGAGGCCUCAGAUUAAAAGAUAACGUUCUAUCUUGAAAAACGCUACUGGGUGGAAUUAUUAACUAGGGGUGUGUUUCGCAGUUACGACGUCGCUCCCUUUUACGAAGAUUCGAAAGGUAUACCUGGGUAAAGUUUUUUUUUUUUUCUACGAGUGUUUCCUGAACCAUCUCGCAGUAGUUAUUCUAAGAGAAACCUUCCUAUGUAUACCUUAAGAGGCUAAAUCCAUGUUUCUGGAAUCGAUUAUUGUCAUUCACAUAGGUUUGAGCAUGCGUGAGACAGUGGGCAUGACUCAGACUGGAGCGCAGGUGAUCAUUUUUUAGAAAGGACAUCAUCAAGAAAUACUAUGCACUCAAAUAAGGACUGCUGUAGGAUAGAUGUUGCUCAUACAUUUGUGUUCGUAAGAGAUAAAAAAUGAACGGCUAAUUAAUUCACACCGAUUUUUUUUCUUUGUAUUUCAUGAAACACACCAUGUAAUGCAACGCAUAUCUUUGCCUUACAUUGCAGUCAAUGUAUAGGCCUACCUUUAGACACUGACACAACAUUUUAGGCUCUAAAGUGUUUGUUUUAUUUAAAAAAAAAAAAAGUGUUAAUGUUUAGCUAAGAGUGGUCCAGACCAACCCUACGAAAGUAUCUCUAUAAGAAGGUAUACCUGAGCUAAGGGUGUUUUGGGAAACACCACGAAACGUUGAGGUACAGCUUAAGUUAUAAAUUACUAAUGACGUAGUGUUAAGAAGGCUCUGGGAAAGGCGCCCGAAGGCGUUUAAGUUUGGAGCCUAACUCCAGCAUGUUCAGUGGGAACGAUAACAUUUCAAAAACUGCCUACUCCGGUAACCUGAGCAUUUUUUUUUUUUGCAUCAAUGAUUCUCAGCAUUCGCUGAUAAAUGGGUGAACGUCUGUGUUAUAUAUUGUUUUUUUGAUUAGCCAGUCAUGCCAUAUCCGACGUUUAACAGCCUUAAAUGUAAUGCUAGGCUACAUCACUUUUGUCUCGACGAAGCCAUAAUCUGUUUUCUAGAUUAAUACUGCUGUAAGAAAUGACCUUGACUGACCACAGAAGUGGUUGUAAUUUGUUUUUAUUCCAAUUUGCCUUUGGACCGCAUCUGCCAACAGUUGGUGAAGUCGGCACCGCGUAAAAUGAAGUGCGUUGGCACCACUUAAGAGGGGGCGACACCAAAUGCCAAAAUUUGACAGACAAUUGCUUUCGUGGCAAAAUACAUAUGCUGAAUUUAAAUUAACAUUUUAAGAUUAUAGAAAUAGAUAUAGACUUUUGAGGUCUCCAUAAAAAAACACAAUAUCAUCUCGAAUCAGCGAAAACUACGUCUAAUGACGAUUAGAUUAGAUACAGAUUUUAUUCAAUGCUCUUUUGCAAGAAAAAUAGCCCACUAAAACGGAGUCGUCUUUGAUUAAAUUGAAACCAACAGGUGAUGUUCCAAGGACAAUGUAGUCGAACUGUUAUAACAUAUCCAUAAAUACUACCACAUCAACUUUGGAAUGUUGGAUUUUAGGAUAUUUGCUGGUUGUAAUGAGACUCCUUUAAGUCAAAGGCAGACCAAUGUUUGGUAGUACAUAGCCUACGCGGCACAUAUCAAAGCGUUUUCUCUCCGAUAUUUGAAAACGGAGUCCUGCGGUGAACGCCUGCGUGUCCCUUUUAAAACAAACCCAGUCGCUGUCAAUCAUAGCACAUUCCAACCAAUCCCAAAGCGCCCGUUUUUAAAAGCAGCUUUGCCUGCUGUGCUUUUAUAUUGCAGCAUGGCCUGCUUCGAAGCAUUUUUACUACCACGGUUAUUGCCACAAAUCAAGAGGGCAAAGUGAACGGCAUGGGACUCACACCAACUUUAACGAGCUUGUGUCUGAUUCAUGCGCCUGCGAUGUUCACGGCCAAGAAUUUCACAUGCAGAUGAUGAUAUUCAGCAGGGGAAAUGGGGACAAGGUUUCUAGGUAAAUCUUGAACUUAAAGGUUGGUUGAUUUUGCAAACUCAGCCAAACUCACAACAAAACAUGACAAGCCUGUCGAGGUUUAGUGGCUGCCCUCUUUCUUGCGUCAACCCCGGGGAGAGCAAUACUGAACCCAGCGUGGUGCUGCCACCUUUGGCAGGGGAGCACAUGGGGCACCCCACCGGCAGUUCCUUAAAACUCUGCCCCUCGCACAAUCUGCGAGACUACCCUGAGACGAGGGCCCGUGCAUAUGUUGACCAUUCGGUUCCCCAUCUUUCAGACACGGGAUACACCAGCCACCGGUUAGAACCCAGUCCUAGGGGUAUUAUUAUUGGGACAAACCUGUCAGGACCAGGCAUGCCACCGGUCACAGAUCAACUGGCACCAAGAUCUAACCAGCAUGGCACGACUGGAAGGUAUCGUGACCUUCCCAGCUAUAGGGAUGGCAGAAGCCACGCUUUUUUCUCCGCAUACCACGAUCAGGCCCACGGCUCCUGCGACACUGCUCGUGAUUACAGCAGCCAAGUAAUGUUGGGACUUCCCGGCGAUAUUCUCUCGAGGGCUCACCCCUACAGCCAAACGAUCAGCGGCCCGAGGGGCAACGGCCAGCAACUUGUCACCCAAUUUCUGGGUCUCUACAAACCGCUGAACAUGGCUGUGCAGCGGGGAGGAGGAGGCGACGCCUUCCUCAGGUGCUCCAGGCAAAAUCCCAACCACGAGCUGGUGUGCAAGUGGAGUGACGGCCAAGAGGGGGUCGGGAAACAACCCUGUGCCAGGACUUUUGGGACCAUGUAUGAACUUGUCACCCAUGUCACGGUGGAGCAUGUUGGCGGACCAGAACAGACCGAAUACGUUUGCUUCUGGGAAAACUGUCCACGGGACAGUAAGCCCUUUAAAGCCAAAUACAAGCUGGUGAACCAUGUAAGAGUCCACACAGGGGAAAAGCCCUUCCCCUGCCCCUUCCACGGAUGUGAAAAAGUUUUCGCAAGAUCAGAAAAUUUGAAGAUCCACAAGAGAACACAUACAGGUGAAAAACCGUUUAAAUGCGAGUAUGAGGGCUGCAAUCGGAGAUUUGCAAACAGCAGCGACCGGAAGAAGCACUCUCACGUGCACUCCAGCGAUAAGCCCUACACUUGCAAAGUCAUUGGAUGUGAGAAAUGUUACACUCAUCCCAGCUCUCUACGCAAACAUAUGAAACUCCAUUGCAAGGCCUACAUAUCCAAAGCCAACGAUGGGCGCUUGGAGGAUGGGGAACACCUUGCCGAAGCCAGGUCACCUACAACAGAACGGCAAGACGUGUCCUCCCCUCCCUCCAUGACCCGAGCUCCACCACCUGUCUCUUCGCAAGGGUCCCUCUCCCCUGAGAUUCGCAACGACACGUCUCUGAGGUCACGUUUUCAUCACACAUUUGACAGCAGUUUGGACUACUCUACGCAUAGGUCACAGUCCCUCUUGGACCCUUUGUUGAUACAGCGGAGCAAUUAUAGGCCCGAGCCUUCACAAUACCCGUGUACACAGACGAGCCACAGUUUCAAUCAAGGACACAGGACUUUUGCGACUAGCUCACCUUUCCAGAAGAGCAUUGUUAACGGCUGGUAUACGUGUCACAGUGGCGUGGACACUUUCUCGUUAAAACAAUGUAACGAAGAUAUGUCAUCAGCCUAAUUCUGAUAUUAGUUAGGCUGUUAGCCUUGCAGUCAUUCCUGGCCCGAACAAGUACCUAAGCUACAGUAUAUGUACCCCAAUUAGUAAUUUGUUUUCCAAUUUCAAGACACAGAUAUUUAUAAUAUAGUGCAAGUUGUGGAUGUAAGCUUUAAAUGUUGUAAAUGACGCUAUUUCAGUGUUGUGGUGUGCUCAGUUGGCAUUAUAGCAUAUGCAACGGAUGUCCAGUCUAGUGGUUCAAAAAGAAAACUGUUGAAAAUAUGAUCCAUGUUUUUGACCUGCUCAAAACCCAUAUAGACUAAAGACGUACUAUAGUAGAAUACGUUCAAUUGCUUCUGGAUAGUGGUUAAAGUUCUUGGAUAAAAGAAAACGUACAAUUAUUGUUCUAUGAUAUGUGAUGUUGAAAAGUCAAAAGAGUUGUUUCAAAAGCUGUGAACAUUUUUCCUGUCAUGUCCAAUUUUAACGCCUAGCAUAUUGUAAAAAGAAUGUUAUUUAUGUCUCUAUUUCCUCUUGAAAUCAUAAUUCAAAGAUAGCCUAUUUAGGAUAUCGUGCAUUAAUUUAUAUAUAUAUAAAAACACCACAUUAAGUAUCACAUAAAAGCAUUGUGAGUUACGCGACCCAGUGCGGCCUCGCUUUUUCAACCCAACACAGGGUGGGGCGUGCGUGCCUUCUGAUGCCUGUUCCCAAGAUGCCCCCUCCCAGUAUUUUUCUUUCUUUUAAUAGUCUAUACAUGGAUAGGCUAUUUCAUAUAUCUCUGCAGCUCUUUUUGGAUAGGUUGAGAAGCCAAUCUACGGUCUACUUGAUAAGAAUUAAAAUGUUUAAUUAAAAUUCUACUGUAUAUACUGUAACAUUAAUUAUGCAUUCAAUAUUUCAUUAAAGUGUCUCUAUUCUCUUUGA